AUGUCGCGGUGGUCACUGGUGACGUCGCGCGUCCUCUUACUCCGCAAACUCCAGCGGUGUAAAGUAAAGGAUUGGAGGGUGCCCAAGUCCCUACUGCAGGGAGUGCCGCAGCUCUCACCAGACAUCAUUCGCCGCGACCUCCAGCCGGCGCGGCGCAGCACCCACGGCCUGAUCUUCCGCGGCCCAGGAUGCAUCUUCACCGUGGGCACUGCCGCCCUAACCGACCGCUUCCUGCUGAAAGACGACACCGGCGCCUGGUACCUCUUCAACAUCGACUGGUCCACGCUCUCGGGCGGCGGCGGCGUUGCCCCCGCCCUCGCCGCCUUCAGCAUCAACCUCUGGCAAUCCCACAGGUGCACGUCUGCCGGCCUCGUGGACCUGUACUGGGCCGUUCACGACUUCGACUUCGAUUCCAACGCCGUCGACACUCUACCACGCACCUUCGCGCACUCGGAGAUGACGCACGACAUCACGCGGACCCUGGUGGCCACCGCGGGACUUCAGUCGCGAAUUGACGAGUUACUUCGAUAG